UUCGUUUUCCGCGCGCGUCCCGAGGAGCGGUUUUGGGCUCUCUUCGUUUUUCUCACGUUUCUCCGCGGGCUUGGAGUGUUUCAGUAACGCGGUGGCCACGAUUGCCGGCAUGCCAUCGGUGCUGGGCUCGAUGAUGGUGGCCUCUACGUCGGCCGCCGCCUCCCUGCAGGAGGCUUUGGAAAACGCGGGGAGGCUGAUUGACCGACAGUUGCAAGAAGACCGCAUGUACCCGGACCUGUCUGAGCUGCUCAUGGUGUCGGCCCCAAACAGUCCUACUGUUUCUGGAAUGUCCGACAUGGAUUACCCUCUGCAAGGACCGGGUUUCCUGUCAGUACCCAGCCUUCCAGAGAUCAGCACUGUCCGAAGAGUUCCCCUCCCGCCUGAGCUGGUUGAGCAGUUUGGACAUAUGCAGUGUAACUGUAUGAUGGGUGUUUUUCCCCCUAUCAGCAGAGCUUGGCUUACGAUUGACAGUGACAUAUUCAUGUGGAACUAUGAAGAUGGAGGUGACCUUGCCUAUUUUGAUGGACUCAGUGAGACAAUUCUUGCUGUGGGGCUUGUGAAACCAAAAGCUGGCAUCUUUCAACCUCAUGUAAGACAUUUGCUGGUUUUGGCAACCCCUGUGGAUAUAGUAAUUCUUGGACUCAGCUAUGCUAAUGUACAAACAGGUUCUGGCAUUCUUAAUGACAGUAUGUGUGGUGGCAUGCAGCUGCUUCCAGACCCCUUAUAUUCUCUUCCCACGGACAACACUUACCUUUUAACAAUCACUUCCACGGAUAAUGGCAGAAUCUUUUUGGCUGGAAAGGACGGCUGUUUGUACGAAGUAGCAUACCAAGCAGAAGCAGGCUGGUUCAGUCAGAGAUGUAGGAAGAUAAACCACUCCAAGAGCUCACUCUCCUUCCUCGUGCCGUCCUUGCUGCAGUUCACCUUCUCAGAAGACGAUCCUAUUGUUCAAAUUGAAAUUGAUAAUUCCAGAAAUAUCUUGUAUACACGAUCGGAGAAAGGAGUGAUACAGGUUUAUGAUUUGGGCCCUGAUGGACAGGGGAUGAGUAGAGUUGCUUCAGUUUCACAGAAUGCCAUUGUCUCUGCUGCGGGAAACAUUGCUAGGACUAUUGAUCGUUCCGUCUUCAAGCCAAUUGUUCAGAUAGCUGUGAUUGAGAACUCUGAAUCACUGGACUGUCAGUUACUGGCUGUCACUCACGCAGGUGUGAGGCUGUAUUUCAGCACUUGUCCGUUUAGACAGCCAUCAGCUCGGCCCAAUACACUGACACUGGUCCACGUCCGGUUACCUCCUGGAUUCUCAGCAUCCUCAACUGUUGAAAAGCCUUCAAAAGUGCACAAAGCACUUUACAGUAAAGGAAUUUUACUGAUGACAGCCUCAGAAAAUGAAGAUAAUGACAUUUUAUGGUGUGUCAACCAUGAUACAUUUCCUUUCCAAAAGCCAAUGAUGGAAACUCAGAUGACAACUCGUGUUGAUGGCCAUUCCUGGGCUCUUUCUGCAAUAGAUGAAUUAAAAGUAGAUAAAAUAAUCACUCCAUUAAAUAAAGAUCAUAUUCCAAUAACUGAUUCACCAGUUGUUGUGCAACAGCACAUGUUGCCUCCAAAGAAAUUUGUUCUCCUCUCAGCACAGGGUAGUCUUAUGUUUCACAAGCUUAGACCUGUAGAUCAGCUGAGACAUCUGCUUGUGAGUAACGUGGGAGGGGAUGGAGAAGAGAUUGAGAGAUUCUUCAAAUUACAUCAGGAAGACCAAGCUUGUGCAACUUGCCUUAUUCUUGCUUGUUCCACUGCUGCCUGUGACAGAGAAGUGUCUGCUUGGGCAACACGGGCGUUCUUUAGGUAUGGCGGUGAGGCACAGAUGAGGUUUCCAGCUCCUCUUCCUACUCCAAGCAACGUUGGCCCCACCCUCGGCUCUCCUAUCUAUUCUAGUUCUCCUGUCCCUAGUGGGAGUCCCUAUCCAACUCCAUCCUCCUUGGGGACACAAUCCCAUGGUGCUCAGCUGCCUACCAUGUCAACCCCAAUGUGUGCUGUUGGAAACCCAGCCAUGCAGGCUGCAAGCAUGAGUGGUUUGGCUGGACCAGAGAUUGUGUACUCAGGAAAACAUAAUGGUAUUUGCAUUUACUUUUCUCGAAUCAUGGGAAAUAUUUGGGAUGCUAGCUUAGUUGUUGAAAGAGUAUUCAAGAGUUCCAACAGGGAGAUCACUGCAAUUGAAAGCAGUGUGCCCAUCCAGCUGCUGGAGUCAGUGCUACAGGAGCUGAAAGGUUUGCAGGAAUUUCUAGACAGAAAUUCCCAGUUUUCAGGAGGACCACUAGGAAAUCCAAAUACUACUGCCAAAGUGCAGCAGCGGCUGGCUGGAUUCAUGCGUCCCGAGAAUGGAAACACCCAGCAAAUGCAGCAGGAGCUGCAGAGGAAGUUUCAUGAAGCUCAGCUGAGUGAGAAGAUUUCACUUCAGGCGAUCCAGCAGCUGGUUCGAAAAUCGUACCAAGCUCUGGCUCUCUGGAAACUCCUUUGUGAACAUCAGUUUUCUGUCAUUGUCGGAGAACUUCAAAAGGAAUUUCAAGAGCAGCUGAAGAUCACCACCUUUAAGGAUCUGGUGAUCAGGGACAAAGAGGUCACUGGAGCAUUAAUUGCUUCCCUUAUCAACUGCUACAUCAGAGACAAUGCUGCUGUAGAUGGCAUUAGCUUACAUCUGCAGGACACCUGUCCCCUUCUGUAUAGCACAGAUGAUGCGGUUUGUUCUAAGGCAAAUGAGCUUCUUCAGCGUUCCCGACAAGUUCAGAGUAAGACUGAGAGAGAGAGAAUGUUGCGGGAGUCACUGAAGGAGUAUCAGAAGAUCAGCAACCAAGUGGACCUUCCCAGUGUUUGUGCUCAGUAUAGGCAAGUGCGCUUUUAUGAGGGUGUGGUGGAACUUUCUCUUACUGCUGCCGAGAAAAAAGAUCCCCAGGGUCUUGGACUCCAUUUCUAUAAACAUGGGGAACCAGAAGAGGAUGUGGUUGGUCUUCAGACUUUCCAGGAGAGAUUAAACAGUUACAAGUGCAUUACAGACACUCUCCAAGAACUGGUAAAUCAAAGUAAGGCGGCUCCUCAAUCUCCCAGUGUACCCAAAAAACCUGGUCCUCCGGUGUUGUCAUCCGAUCCCAACAUGCUGAGCAAUGAAGAAGCCGGACAUCACUUUGAACAAAUGCUUAAAUUGGCUCAGCGGUCCAAGGAUGAGCUCUUCAGUAUUGCUCUGUAUAACUGGCUAAUACAAGCUGACCUUGCAGAUAAACUACUGCAGAUCGCGUCUCCGUUUCUGGAGCCACAUCUCGUGCGAAUGGCCAAAGUGGAUCAGAACAGAGUCCGCUAUAUGGACUUACUCUGGAGGUAUUAUGAGAAGAACAGGAGCUUCAGCAGUGCUGCUCGGGUCCUGUCCAAGUUGGCCGACAUGCACAGCACAGAAAUUUCACUUCAGCAGCGGCUAGAAUACAUUGCUCGAGCCAUUCUAAGUGCGAAAAGUUCCACUGCCAUCUCAUCCAUAGCUGCAGAUGGUGAAUUCCUGCAUGAGUUAGAAGAGAAAAUGGAAGUUGCUAGGAUCCAACUUCAGAUACAAGAGACACUACAAAGGCAGUACUCGCAUCAUUCUUCAGUGCAGGAUGCAAUUUCUCAGCUGGAUUCUGAGCUCAUGGACAUUACUAAGCUUUAUGGGGAAUUUGCUGACCCGUUUAAACUUGCAGAAUGUAAACUUGCAAUCAUUCAUUGUGCUGGUUAUUCAGAUCCCAUAUUGGUACACACACUUUGGCAAGAUAUCAUAGAUAAAGAAUUGAAUGAUAGUGUAGCAUUGAGCUCGUCAGAUCGAAUGCAUGCUCUCAGCCUCAAGCUUGUCCUCCUUGGCAAAAUCUAUGCUGGCACGCCUCGGUUUUUCCCGCUGGAUUUUAUCGUGCAGUUCUUGGAACAGCAAGUUUGUACUUUAAACUGGGAUGUGGGGUUUGUGAUACAGACCAUGAAUGAAGUUGGCGUGCCUUUACCUAGACUACUAGAAGUUUAUGAUCAGCUCUUCAAAUCACGGGAUCCAUUCUGGAACAGAGUGAAAAGCCCACUGCACCUUUUGGAUUGUAUCCAUGUACUGUUGACAAGAUAUGUUGAGAAUCCUAGCCUAGUUUUAAAUUGUGAGAGGAGAAGGUUUACAAAUCUCUGCCUGGAUGCCGUCUGUGGAUAUCUGGUUGAACUUCAGUCAAUGAGUUCUUCAAUUGCAGUACAAGCCAUCACUGGGAAUUUUAAAUCCCUCCAAGCAAAGCUGGAACGGCUCCAUUGAUUACUGUAGUAUAUUUUCUUGCUUGCAGUUUGGUCUGUAAAAUAAAAGCUCAGCUGGGUCCGGAAAUCAGGUGUUGUAUAUCUAAGAAUUUUGGUAGAACAUUUUUUUAAUGAAUGAUAGUUAUCUACAAAUAGUACAUUUGCCAAAUGAUUUGUUUUUUGUUUUAUGACUAGUAUUUUUUUUAAUUGAUAAGUUGGGCCCAGAUAUGUAGCUCAGUGGUAAAAUGUUUGUAUAGUAUGUAAAAAGUCAGUAGUACCACACGCAAACAUAUCAGUUUAUAAAAAGCUGGAGUACGAUUAUGUAUGAUUAUAACACACAAAGAUUUUGAAUUUGUAUUAUUUAUCUACAGGUUUAUGUAGGAUGUUAGUAUUAAAACUUAUAGGCUAGGCCAGGUUUGGUGGCACAUGCCUCUGAAUCCAACACUUGGGGAAGCAGUGGCAGGCUGCUCUUUAGAACUCACAGAGAUCUCCAGGCCAGGGGCUACACAGUGAGACCGUGUCUUCAAACAAACAAAGGAAUGAACAAAUACCUUAGAGGCUGGGUCUGUUCCCAUAGUGCUAGAUCCUGUAACAGUCCUUACUUAGUCAUUUUUAGGUUAAUAUUUUAUCAAUUACAGCCCUUUAUGUUCUCUCUUCCUCUUUUUUUUUCUCUCCUUCUCACCAUAAAUACGUACAUUAGAUUUUAUGUAUACGUUUAUGUGUGUGUGCGGGAUAUAUAUGUAUGUUGUAUGUAUAUACAGGAUUGUUUGAGCAUGUGAUAAGUUUGUAACACUUCUGUGUACUUAAAACCUUCAUGAUCACCCAGCUGUGAUGGUGUUCCCCUUUAAUGGCCGCACUUGGGAGUGUCAGGGAGACUCAGAGUGGCCAGUCUGGUCUACAUACUGAGUUACAAUUCAACCACAGCUCUACAGGGACUACUGUUUCCUUAGAACCCUCCCUGUCAAACUGUAUGCUUCAAGCCAACAACAAUAGCAGCAUCCAGGAGUGUGUUACAAAUUAAAUUCCUGGGUCUCUAGUCAGAUCCACCAAGCCAAUAACUGUGGCAUAAAUGCCAGUCUCUGUGUCUUAACGACCCUUCCAAUGGAUGCAGAUUCAUGUCUUAUUGAUCAACCCACUUGUAAAUCCUGUUUUCUAUAAUGUAUAAAGCAAUGUUGUUAGUAAUCUAGUUUGUUUUUGUUUUUUAAUACUGGUGGGUUUUCAUGCUAAACAGGUAAAUGUGUUCCCACUGAAGUUAUAUCCUCAUCCCCUGAAUUAUCUUUAACAUGUUAAAAGAACUUACUAAACUAAGUGUUCCAAAUUAUUAUCAACGACAAAAAGACUGAGAAUUACAUUACUAAGGCUAACCAAGAGAGAGAGAGGCAGAGAGAGAGAGAGAGAGGAGAGAGAAACAACUGGUUUCUACUCCUUAGUUGUUUUAUUGUUUAUUUUAUUUUUGCAGCAGAUUCUGACAUAGCCUAGUCUAGUGUCGAACUGCCUAGAGUGGUGUUGAUCAUCCGGCCUCUACCACCUGCAUGCUAAGAUUGUAGGUAGGCUUCACCGUGCCCACUUUAUGUGAUGCAGGCUGUUAAACCCAGAGUUCCAUAAGGCGAGCACCUUACCAACUGAGUGAGUUAAGUUCCCAGUCCUCAACUCCCCACUCCCACUCAUUUUGAGAGGGCGGGGUGGCAAGGUCUCACUAUAUAGUCCAGGCUAGCUGCAGACACAUAUUGAUCCUCCUGCCUCCGACUUCCGAGUACUGGGAACCCUACUGUGUGCCACCAUACCCAGCUUCCAAUCUUAUUUGUGCUGUUGGGAGUGUUCUCUUCGGUUUGUUGUCACUGAUAGAAAUUGGGCAGUUUUGUAAAUGUUUCUUGAAUAUAUUUCUACUUUUCUCUUUUCCUGAGAUUAUGGAUUUCUUUUUCCACAAUACCAUAGAAUUCAAUUCCAUUUUCACUUUGAAUGUAUAUUUAUAAAAGAUCAAAGUAAUGCUGAAUGGGUGUCACUACCUCAUAGUUUUCAGUUUUUCAUCUUCUUAAGUAAUUUUAUAGUCUAUAAAAUGAAUGCAUUUGAUAUAUUAAUGGUUUUAUGCAUUUAAAAUUCUGUCAUACUCAUUUUAAAUGAAGGUCUUGUUUAAAUGCUUUAA